GUAGUGGCUCCGGGACAGAAGCUGAGCGCCCCGGCCCACGGCGAAGACCAGUUCUCCCUGAAGACUUCUCCCGCCCGGAGCGAACACCCUGGAAAGCACGGGCUGGCGGCCGGGCGGGCUUCACGGAGGCACGCCCCUCUCCUCCCAGCGGCGCGCGGACUCGCCCUGCGCCCAAACUCCGCCCACCCUCGCGGGGAGCCUGGCUCGCCCUCCGGCCGCCUGCACUCCAGACUGAGCAGGUCUCUAGAAAAGCCUGCGAGAUCACCCAGACUGCGAGCCGGACGCGAUCCAGAAGCGCACGAGUCUGUGGCCACGCGCGCUCCGAUGGCCCCCAGAAGCUGAGGGCAGCGGGGCGAGGACCCUAGACCCGAGCUGCUGGCUUGCAAGGUAGGGAGAAGGAAGAUGCCCAAACGAAGUUGAUCUUCGGGGGAAGGAGGCUGGGGCGCGCCCUCCCCACGCCGGAGCGCAGCCCGGCGAAUUUGGCUCAACCUCACUGAGCCCCCCGGCGCGCUCUCGGGCGCGAACCCUCGGUCCCUCGGGAAAGCGCAGUCGGAAAGUUGUCGGCUGCGGUGUCCUGAGCGCCCUGUUGUGUAACCUCGGCGUUGCCGGCCGGACGGGGAAGUUGCUGGUCCACCGGCCAGCCGGGUUCGGUCGCCGCUCGGGGCGGAUUUCAUGGCCCGCGGCGAACGCGGGGCCGGAGCUGGCGUGGGCGAGCCCCCGCGCGCCCCCUCCCGCAGGGAUCCCCGGCUCCCGCUCCCGUCUGCUCGCCCGCCUUUCCGAUGCUCGCUGCGCCCCUCGCCGCCGCCGCCGCCCUCCUGCCGCCGCUUGUCCCUUGGAACCGCCGCCUAAGUCGGGGAGGAGAGAAUGACCGAGGUGCUGUGGCCGGCGGUCCCCAACGGGACGGACACUGCCUUCCUGGCCGACCCUGGUUCGCCCUGGGGAAACAGCACAGUGACUUCCACCGCCGCCGUCGCCAGCCCGUUCAAAUGCGCGCUGACCAAGACCGGCUUCCAGUUCUACUACCUGCCAGCUGUCUACAUCUUGGUGUUCAUUAUCGGCUUCCUGGGCAACAGCGUGGCCAUCUGGAUGUUCGUCUUCCACAUGAAGCCGUGGAGCGGCAUCUCCGUGUACAUGUUCAACUUGGCCCUGGCAGACUUCUUGUACGUGCUGACUCUGCCGGCGCUCAUCUUCUACUACUUCAAUAAGACCGACUGGAUCUUCGGGGAUGCCAUGUGCAAGCUGCAGAGGUUCAUCUUCCACGUGAACCUCUAUGGCAGCAUCUUAUUCCUGACCUGCAUUAGCGCGCACCGGUACAGCGGCGUGGUGUACCCGCUCAAGUCCCUGGGUAGGCUCAAGAAGAAGAACGCGGUCUAUAUUAGCGUGCUGGUGUGGCUCAUCGUGGUGGUGGGCAUCUCCCCCAUCCUCUUCUACUCUGGCACCGGGAUCCGGAAAAACAAAACCAUCACCUGCUAUGACACCACCUCAGACGAGUACCUGCGAAGCUAUUUCAUCUAUAGUAUGUGCACGACCGUGGCCAUGUUCUGUGUCCCCUUGGUGCUGAUUUUGGGCUGUUAUGGAUUAAUUGUGAGAGCUCUGAUUUACAAAGACCUGGACAACUCGCCUCUGAGGAGGAAAUCCAUUUACCUGGUGAUUAUUGUACUGACUGUUUUUGCUGUGUCUUACAUCCCUUUCCACGUGAUGAAAACAAUGAAUUUGAGGGCCCGGCUGGAUUUUCAGACCCCAGAAAUGUGUGCUUUCAAUGAUAGGGUGUAUGCCACUUACCAGGUGACAAGAGGUCUAGCAAGUCUCAACAGUUGUGUGGACCCCAUUCUCUAUUUCUUGGCAGGAGAUACUUUCAGAAGGAGACUCUCCCGAGCCACCAGGAAAGCUUCCAGAAGAAGUGAGGCAAACUUGCAGUCCAAGAGUGAAGACAUGACACUCAAUAUUUUAUCAGAGUUCAAGCAGAAUGGAGAUACAAGCUUGUGAAGAUGCAAGAAUCCCCAAACACCCACUUUGUAACAUGGUCUGAAGAUGCCCAGCCUGGUUUACAGUAUAUGUUAGGUACAUUGAUUGAGCGUCCAGGGAACUUUCUUUUGGAGUGUGGCUCCAGUGUGGAGGUAAACAGGGACAGGAAAUGCCCUUUUACUUCUUGACAUGCUGUUUCCACAGUGCUUCUUCCUUAGCAUCGUACAUCACGUAGUGGACAAUGAUGACAUGCGGUUGCCUGCCUAAUAGUGACAAGAAUGAUCUCUCUAACCCCUUCCAGGCACGAAGUGGUCUCUGGGAUGAGUCUGCUAAUGAUGAAACCAUACUGAGGGUCAAGAUAAAGCAGUGACCUAUUGGCUGAAGGUCUGAUUCAUGACUUAAGAUAAAGAGUGGGUAUUUUACCAGUAAAGACAGAAAUCUGCUAGCAUUUUGAUGAAAAGGAAAGCUAAAAUUAUAGAAUGUAACAAUUAACUAAAUUUCACACUACAAAACUGACCGCCAAAGUGUUUUAUGGCUCAUUAGUCGGCAACUUUGACCCAUUGAACAUCAGUGUGUGUGUGUGCACUGAAAUGCUAAACACACAGACCCAGGAGAUACAGCAUGAGAGUAGAAUUUGGAGUUAAAAAUGCUGAUAUUGCCCAUUGGCCAGCUGUGGGACUUCUUGACCCUGUCAAGACCACUCUCCAUGGAUUAAAAGGGCUGGAUGAUAUCCAUCUGUUGGGGCCUUAGGGGAUGUAGUAGAGAACUACAGGCAGCCAGAGGUGCAUGAAAUCUGCUACUGUAUUUUCCAGGACUGCUAAAUGCCAGUCCUGAAAAAACUCGUACAAAGUUCACCAAUUGUGAAAUGGAUGUCUCCUUAGGGCAGUGCACUAUACUGCCUAUGGACAUCAGAGAUGUCAGUGCUUACAGCAGCUGGAAUUGGACUCAUGACAAUAAAGGUGUGUAACUAGAGAUAUAGUAAAGCUUUAACUUUGCUGGUCAAAUUGUAACUAUCAUAAUAAUAUUUAUUGAUGAAGCUCACAGUCCUUCCAUUGUACAGACUGAAAAACUUUCUUGAAAGUUCCAACAUACUGAUGUAAAUUAUAUUUAUUACAAUGUAUAAUAUUAAUAUGUCACAUUGCUGUAUUUUACAUAAUGUAUGAUGCAUAAAAAUGAGUUACUGUAUAUUAUGCUUUUCAAAUAUCGUAUCUUGAAAUGUUUUAAGUUUUCAGAUUUUUUUAUCUAAAAUAUGAAAAUCUGUUUCGUAAUACAAGUGAUUCAUUUUCUCUAGAAAUGCUUUUGCACGUUUAUCUUUUUAUUUAGGGUUCUUCCUACGUAGACACAGUUUGGUGUCAAACUUUCAUUAGGAUCAAUAGUAAAUACAGAAUAUCUUAGCCAAACUGUAUCAGUAUUGUCAACAUUUCAUAUACUAUUAUAGAAGUAUUUAUACUGUCUUUUCAAUAUGUUUGCAAUUGUAUCCCCAAAUACAGUCAGAGCUUCCCAUUUCUAAUUGCAAAAGGUUUGUCCUAAAUUCAAACAACAUCACUUGUGUUUUAGAAGUCUGGUGAGAUGGGCAUUAUAGAUACAAUAUUAGCAUUUAAGGAAAUACUUAAGGGAGAUGGAGAGAGAAAGAGACAGCUGAUGUAAUCAAUUACUCUGCUCAAUUCUGCUUCAGUUUUUAUGUCGUGUUUCUUCUUAAAGUGAAAUAGCAUAAUCUUUUAAUUUCUUUGAGAUGAAGUUUCUAAGUAACACACUACCAGCAAGUUCAACAUUGCUAGUAAUUUUAAUGUUUUCUCUGUUCAUUUGAUAACUUUAAUUCCAAGUUUUACAAUAAUAUCUAUAUAUUAUUUGGCUGCUGAAUCCUGUUACAGUUUUUUUUUUUAAAUUUUGUUGUACAUUGUAUUAUACACAUCAUUACAAAUUAAUAUGAAGGGGAAUAUAUAUUACAUAUCAAAAAUUGUGAAUUUGAACUCUAGUAUGUGUUAGUGCUUUUGCAAAAAUGUUUAUUUUUAUAAUAUCUGUGAUUUUAAUAUAGGUAAUUGAACUAGGUUUCUUUGUGAUGAAUAGUGCCACUGAAUGACUGGUAUGGAAACAGUGUUACUUGACAUUUUGUGCUUUCUCAGGUUUAUCUAUAUCAAUGGUAACCUAACAGAUUCCAGACUAAUAGUGCAUAACUGUGUUUUAAAAGGAAUGUACAUUUCCUAUAAGUUUGCAUGCAGGAGUGUACAACUUGGAGUGUGUGUGUGUGUGUCCACAGCAUGGCAGCCAACUUUGUAUCUGCUGUUGAUAAUAACAGCAGAGCUUUGGUAUAAUCGUGGUCAUUAGAAUUAUACCUACCAUAGGCAAUGAAAACCGAAAAAGUCUCAAUAAAACUAUGAAAUGUGGUCUGA